AUGAAAGAAACGAUAUGGAGAAAAGUAGCAUUUUUAUGCGAUAUAAUAGAUAUUGCGUCGAUAAGGAACCGUGAGCGUGAUGAUGAAGACUUAUGGUUCCGGGCAACAUUUCCAGAGGAAAGGAAUCCAUCCUUGAUAUUGUCUAUCCUCUUGCUUAUAGUAAGAUAUUUCAUUUUGCUCCCGAUAAAAAUAACGCUUCUAAUUCUCUGCAUCACGGCUUUUCUAAUGGUAGCAGCAUUUCUUGUUUGUUUUGCUUUUUUUAUCAUAAUCCAAUUUUUUGUAUUUCUUCUGGGCUACAAGGCCUUAAAAGAAUGUAGUGCAUAG